AUGCUUGUAUUUAGUUGCCUACUUUUAACACUUCUUUUUCUAGCAGGUGCUUUUCGGGGCCAUUUGAAACCGAUACCAAACUCCAUUGCGCAGCGUUUUCAAUUUUAUAAAAGAGAUGAAGAAUCUGUAAGCGGGUAUAUUACUGAAUUACGUAGACUAUCUGAACACUGUGAGUUUGGUGAAAACUUGAAUGAUUAUUUAAGGGACAGGUUUGUUUGUGGAUUAAAUAAUGAAAAUGUGCAACAAAAAUUAUUAACCAUAAAAAAUCUAACGUUGGAGACAACACUUGACACAGCGAGAGCAUAUGAGACAGCAUAUAAAGAUACCAAAGCUAUACGUACAAAAGAAAGCUUUAUAGAGCAGGAUGAAGUGCAUAAAGUAGAAAUUCGGACAAAAUCAGAAGAAAGUAAAGAAUGUUUUCGUUGUGGGUUUAGAGGUCAUCAAGCAAACAAUUGUAAUUAUUGUUAUUUAAAAUGUCAUACAUGCGGAAAGAUAGGGCACAUAAAGAGAAAGUGCAGAUCAGAAAAGAAAGAGUUAGAUCAUAGGAAGAAAAAGAAAUUAGGUGUGAAGAAAUUUGAGAUUCAAGAUUAA